ACAGGAAGAACACAUUAAACGGCAAUUACUUUUGAGGAAAGUUUUAACAGCGAGAAGCUACCAAAACAAAUAGUGUAAAGAAUGAAUUUGUCUAGAGAGAGGAUUGAUAUAUCAGCGAUGAGUUUUAUUUUAUUUUGGUAGACAUUGAGGCACUUUCAUCCGUUCAGACUGGAUCAUCUGCUCUGUUUGUUUACAUAAUGAAAAGCUGACUAGCUAACGUUAGCAACCUAGCUUGACAAAUCGAGUCAUAUGAGCUGUUAUCUUCCAGCAGCUUUGUCCUCAGUCACGAGUGUGAAUUCACAUUAUUGGGAUAGCUAACGUACCUGUACACAAGUGAGAGGUUGUCCUGUGUCUCGCAGAGCCUUUUGAAGAAUAACAAUGCAAAGCUAACGUUUAAUGUGUGGAGCGUUAGGUCAUUUGUUUUGUCACCUGCUAACCUGCAGCUAGUUUAUAAAGGCCUUGCCUGCAGCGUCUUCAUGUCAACAUGCCUUGUUCCUGUGGCAACUGGAGAAGAUGGAUCCGGCCGCUGGUCGUCGUGCUUUAUAUAUUGUUGCUCCUAGUCGUCCUGCCACUGUGCAUCUGGGAACUGCAGAAGUCAGGGGUUGGCACUCAUAACAAAGCAUGGUUCAUCGCUGGGAUAUUUGUCUUCAUGACCAUACCCAUAUCAUUAUGGGGCAUCCUGCAGCAUCUGGUUCACUACACUCAGCCAGAGCUUCAGAAACCCAUCAUCAGAAUACUGUGGAUGGUCCCAAUCUACAGCUUAGACAGUGUGAGUUGUGUAUAAUAUUAUGAUUACAUCCAUUGUGGAACACACUGUGCAUAUAGGUGUCAUAUGUAGGCAUCCACAGACUUGCUGUAGCUUUGAAAAACACACCAACACAACAUAUUACCAUUCAGGGACGUGCACAGACAUUUGGAGUGGCUAUUGCUCUAAACUGGAAAAAGGGCCUCCCAGUUCAAUAGGCAUUAUUCUUAUCAUUAUCAUUCUUUAUGAGCGCAGUAACGGUAAGGUAUCUAAUUACUUAUUUAUUUAGUAUUCCAUAACUUAAUAACAGAGAUGGUCAAACUGAAGUAGGGACAUGGCAGAAAUCCUACAAUGAAGCGGGACAGUGAAGUGUUCUCCUGUGAGAGGGUGAGGGAGUUUACAGGGUAAAGGACGCAGAAAGAAAGAAGCACAAUAACAUAUUUAGGUGUUUUUAUUUUUUAAUCAACCGAUGGUGUCAAGAGGAAGUAAAGUCCCCUGGUUUGUCCCCUAUACUCUAACGCCAGGCAGGCAUUUGGUGUGAUCACCAUAGCCAUAUGAGGCCGGAGGGCUUUCCUUUGCUUCCAGCUGUCAGAUUGUAAACAAAGUCACGUGACUUGGGGCUGACAAAGUGUGUUUCCCGCAGUGA